AGCGCACCCCUGCCCGGCCUCGCGCGCCUCCCGCCCUCCCUCCCCGCAUUCCUGCCGCACACAAACGAGUCCCGCGCGCUGCUCUGUUUCUUUUCUCUCUUAUUUCCCCCUGUUUCUUUCUCUCUCUCUUUUUUUAAAUUCCUCAUUUUUGUCACGUAGGGCUUCUCUUUUUCUCUCUUCCUGCCUUACUGUUAUUAUUAUUUAUUUAUUUUUUGUUUCUUUACUCGAUUUGCCCCAAAACUUUUCGCGCGAGAAAUUAAACGCGGCUCGGAUUCGUUUCGAAAAAGACGACGUUUUGUUUUGGAAAGGAGAGAGAGAGCGUGUGUGAGAGAGAGAGCGAGCGAGCGAGAGAGAGAGAGAGAGAGAGAGAGAGAGAGAGAGAGAGAGAGAGAGAGGAAAUUCCUCCGCCAUUGACUGCAAAAGGACCCUUCAACUUCACCGAGCACCUCGUGCGGAAACUUUGUUUAAACGACAGUUGUUUGUUUUGUGUUUUUUUCCUUAAAGGAGGCCUCGUUGUUGAUUUUUUUUAGGAAUUAUGCACCAGGAGGAAAUCACGACAGAAACCUGAGGAAGAUGAUGAACCGACAAAGCGAGCGUUUCGGUGCAGAGUGAAAUGCACGAGCUUUAUUUUUUUUUGUACGUGCACCAGCAACACCGAUGGAUCGCUACUACGAAGAGGAUCCGGCACGCAGAGCGAGCGAGCUGAUGGAGAACCUGUCGCUGUGCGAGCCUUACCGGGACAUGAGAGCGGAGCUCGAGCCAGACGCGGACUUCGGGCUACCUGAGCACAAGAGUAAGCGCGCGCACAGAGACGCCUUUUACGUGGACGACGCGUACUGUAGCGCGAGAUCCGAAGUUGCUUUGCCGUGCUACGGCGGCGGCGGUGGCGACCGGCAUCGGAGAUCAUGCGUUCACGCGAGCCCCCGCUCGAGCCUCGCGGCGCCCGGGCAACAGGAGAAGUGUGGAAGCCCUCGGACGAGUCUCGCGCACUGCGACGGCAGCGGCGCUCUCAGCCCUCGCUCGAGCUACGCGAGCACGUCCAGCGACGCCAGCAAGCCUUCGAGCCCCGGCUACGUCUACGAGUGCACGAGCAGACCGAGCAGCAACCGCACGAGCGGCGUCAGCAUGGGCUACGACCAGCGGCACGCGAGCCCUCGUUCCAGCAUCUGUGGUCCGAACAGUGCAGGACUAACCCUCAGCCCCAGGUCCAGCAUCUCGAGCCACAGCUCCAGGAGCUCGCGGAGCUCGCGUGGCUCAAUGGGCGCGUGCCCGGAGCUGCUUGUUGCCUCCUCGCCUCGCGCGUCUCUACUGGAAGACGCGCUGCUACAGGACACCGGUGAAGCCAGCGUGCUUCACCGCGCGCACCUUCAUCCGUUCACUGUGCCGGAAGAGAUACACCACGGUGCCUCGGCGAGAGCUCGCGCCCCGGGUCCGAGAUUGAAGCUGCCCUACCAGGUGACCCCUGCGCGAGAGAGUGGCGCGAGCCAGGCAGAGAGGCGGCUCGAGGCCCUCACGCUCGAGCUGGAGAGAGAGCUGGAAAUGCACAUGAAGAAGGAAUAUUUCGGUAUUUGUGUAAAAUGCGGUAAAGGGGUGUAUGGAGCAAGUCAGGCGUGCCAGGCGAUGGGGAAACUCUACCAUACUAACUGUUUCACCUGCUGUUCAUGUGGGAGGAGACUGAGAGGAAAAGCAUUCUACAAUGUGAACGGAAAAGUCUACUGUGAGGAGGACUUCCUGUAUUCCGGCUUCCAGCAGACGGCUGAGAAAUGCUUUGUGUGUGGACACCUCAUCAUGGAGAUGAUCCUCCAGGCUUUGGGGAAGUCCUACCACCCGGGUUGUUUCCGCUGUGUGGUGUGUAAGGAGGGACUAGAUGGGGUCCCCUUCACCGUUGAUGUUGAAAACAACAUCUACUGUGUUAAAGACUAUCACACAGUCUUUGCUCCAAAAUGUGCAUCGUGUGGUCAACCCAUCCUCCCAGCUGAAGGCUCAGAGGAGACCAUACGAGUCGUAUCCAUGGAUAAAGACUACCAUGUAGAGUGUUAUCACUGUGAGGACUGCGGCCUUCAGCUGACUGAUGAAGAGGGCCACCGCUGUUACCCGCUGGAGGGUCACCUGCUGUGCCACGCCUGCCACCUGCACCGGUUAAAAGCUUCCGGUCCCUCGCAGCCACCGACCAGCUAUCCGCUUCAUGUCACUGAGCUGUGAACACACACACACACACACACACACACACACACACACACACACACACACACAAACACACACACACACACACUCAGAGCAGACAGCGCCACGAAGGGAGAUGUGUGUGACGUCCUUUGCUGCUCCAACCAUCCACACCUUCACUGAAACGAGGCGCAGACAGACGGGAAACACACUCUCUUUCUGUCUCUCUGCAGCUCCACCCUGGAAUGAUGUCACAGACUCGAACUUUGACCCCCUGGUCCCACUUACAAGACACAACCAGCAUAUACAGCUACAUUCCGAGAAAGGAAAAGCCUUACACGUGGCCUUUCGCUGAAAAUCUCGCACUUAACGUUGUUUUUUUUUUCCUCACUCAUUGCCUUCAAGUUGCACCAUUUAAUAUCUGUGCGUCGUUUUGUAUUCAUAUAUACAGUAUGUGUGAUGUGAUGUGAUGUGGUGUGAUACUGGUAAGGAAUACAGAUCCUUACAAUGUGCUCACAGUAAACACACACACACACACACAGAGACAGACAGACAUUACAAUUUGUGUGUCAACAUGAGCAGCCACACUCACAAAUUGACACACACAUACCGCCUUAACAUAUCAUAUUUAACCCUAUUGACAUUCAGAGACGUUUCCUUUACACGAACGUAGAGUUUCUUCAUUUCUGUUGGUUUCAUUCGUGUUGGAGUUUCAAGCGCUUUGACGCAUCAUUUCUGAGCUGGUACGAGACUCCGACACUGGUUUGUCUGGGAGGACUCACGUCGGAGAUGUGCUGCAGCCGGAAGAGAGGAUCUGAUGUUUUUCACUCGUGAGUGGAUCUGAUGUUCUGCUGAAGCUCAAAGGUGCUGGUUUCACCGGAGUUCCACAGGAUGGAGGGGUGUAUGUGAACAUUCCCAACAUGCAUCAGUGGCAGGGCCGUUCUGUAUGUGGAUGUUUGCUUGGCCUUGACUGUGUGUGCGUGUGUGCGUGUGUGUGUGUGUGUGUGUUAAAGGUUAAAAUGUAAACGCUAAUGGCAACCUGAUGACAAACCAGCAAAGUCUCCUUGUCGUGUGGGUGUGUGUGUGUGUGUGUGUGUGUGUGUGUGUGUGUGUGUGUGUGUGGUCUAUCACACACAUACAGGAGCCCUGCUGUAACACUACUGAGUGGACACAGGCAGGCUAAAACCAAUCCUGUCUCCGACAUCAUCAUUUCUAACACACACUUCCUGUAGAGCGUACAAUUCCACUCAAAAAUGCACAGAAAGUAUUUUUCUUUUCUUUUUUUCCUGACAGAAAAGAUGAGUCCCGUUCGGAAUUCCACACCGCGCUGAUAUUUUUUCCUCAGAUCAUUCCCAGGUCGUUUUACCUUUACAAAACUUCACCCUAUUUCCUCUCCAUGAUGUCUUAAUACACUUAAUACAAAAAAAAAAAAAAGUACUACUAUUUGAUAGAACACGGAUAGAUUCCCUGUAAAUAAACACCGCUAGCUUUUAUCCUCCGCUUCGAUCCGACACGGCGGUGAGCCGUAGCUUUGUUUCUCGAGUGUAGUUCUCAGAGCACGUAUCUCACAUUCUGCUUUUUGUAUCAUUCGAUGUUUUGAUUCCUUAGAUAUUUCAUAAAUAAAAAUAAAAAAAAGGAAAGUAGAUUUAUUUAUCUAAACACGAAAAAAAGGUUUAAAGUUAUUUAAUGUUAUAAGAAGUUGGGACGUAUCAUUUAACCGUAGAUGAGAUAAUCUGCUUUUUCAAUAAAGUGGUUUUGUAGUUAACUUAA